GAGGAGAAAGGCUGCUGGCAGAGAGCUGCGCAGAGAGCUGGGAGCAGCCGGACAGUCUGUGCCAUGGAGCAGCCAGCGCCCGGCCUGCGUCGCCGCAGCGAUGGCUCUGUCAGGGAGAACCUCUUCUUUCCUGUGCUCGAGCAGAACAUGCAGCAGAAACUGGUGUCACUCUCCCAGUUGGGCCCGGAGCACAGCGACCCCCGCGUCAAGCGCUGGACCUGGGCAGGCACUGAUACCCCCCCGGAGGGUACCUAUGGAAGCAGCCUCACUCCGGAUCUUGAGGCCCUGCCUGGAAUCAUCGAUGAAUACAUGCCUCCUAGCCCUCAGAGGUCCAUGUACCAGCGCUCUCUAAGUCAUACUGACGAAAAGAGGAGCAGAAACGAAUCACCAGCUGGAACCUCUGACUUCGCUAAGAUGGAGCCACUGGGUGCAGAGAGAUGCACUGUCAGCCUGCCCAGCAGCUCCCCCAUCAGGCGCCCUGAGUCACCCGCCACCCCGACCAGGCGACCCUCUCUCCGUACCCCGAACCAGGGUCCUGGCACACCCAGAAGGGCAAAAUCCUCCCUCCCCGGGAGGCGAGGCCAGUCGCCAUGCCCUGGGGGGCUGUACCCCCCAUCACCGCUGAAAAAUGGCUCUGCAUACAACGGCACAGAAAAUAGAAAGCUAGAUGGGGAAGAGAAGGGGGCCAGAAACCACGUCCCCUCUGAGAGGAGGUCAUCAAGGACAGAGACUCCCGAGAGGAAGAUGCCCAGGCCGGCGAGCAGAGAGCUGGCUGCAGAUGCAUCCCCAGUGACGCCUACAGGAAAGCCUGUUGCCGGGACAACAGAUGCAGAGGAAGCCACUAGAAUCCUGGCAGAGAGACGACGCCAGGCCCGUUUGCAGAAGGAGCAGGAGGAGAAGCAGCGACGUGAGCAGGAGGAAGAGGAGAGGCUGAGAAAGGAGGAACUGAGAAGGCAGCAAGAGGAAGAGGAACGACACUUAGAGGAGAAGAGGCAGAGGGAGGAGCGGGAGCGGAGACAUGCACUGGAGGAGGAACGAUGGCUCAAGGAGCAACGCUGGAGGGAUCUGCAGGCCGAGCUGGAGAGAGAGAGAGUGGAGGUGGAAUUUCGGGCCAAGAAGGAGGCAGAACGUAAGCGCAUUGAGAGGGAGAUGCUGAAACUGCAGGAAGAGCAGGAGAGACUGCAGAGGAAAAAGAGGAUUGAGGAGAUCAUGAAGAGGACCAGGAAGACGGAUCCUGAGACCAAGAAGGAUGCUGUUUGGGUGGAGCCGUCAUGUCCUGUCUCUCUCUCGCAGUCUGUCUCAUCCUCCCUACAUGGCCUCAGAGCAGGGACAGGGGAAGUCAACAUGCAGGCAAAUGUCCAGGUGAGUGGGCGGAGCUUCGGGCAGCUGGGGCCUCCAGUGUCCUGUCUCAUUGGCCAAGAAGUGGACGACCUUGCAGAUGAAGUUCAGGCCAUGGAUGUCAGCCCAGUCUCUAAGGAGGAGCUCCUCCCUGUCCAGGGAUUCUUGCCUGCUGAGAUCCAAAACAAGAGCUCGAGCAGUGGGCAGGUCCUGGACGACCUGCUGCGCCUCACGGGCUUCGUGUCCAAUCCUAAACUCUCUCCUGAGGCCAGCCUGGGUGACUGCAACAAAAACGUGAUUGAGGGCUUCUGCCCUAGCGCUGACUCACAGAUGAUCCAGUCUCUGACCCAGAGGUCAGGCACCCUCAGCCUGCAGUAGUCAGAAAUGCCCGGAAUACCACAUGGAUGGAUCCGCAGCCGUCCAAAAGAGACCUUCCUGCAACCCAAUGGAACCGGGAGACUUUACUUAUAUAGAUGCCUGCACUGGAAUCUCCUGCAAACUCCCACAGCCUCUGUCCCAGGGAUACCUUCAUCUGUCAAUCUUGUGCUGUUUGUUUAAUGUAGCAUCUACUAGGUCUAACAUGGAAGGCAAUUCAGAGAUGGGUUUAAGUAUGUAGAAUCUUUCUGUAGCGAGUGUGUUUGGCAUAUUGAGUCAAAGUAGCGCAAAUGUGUGUGUUUGUGUAAAUUUGCCAAAGAAAAGUCAUGUACAGCAACCUGCUUUCACAAGCUGCACAGUCAAAAGCUGCAGCUCUGCGUCCGGACAGUAUUGAAAGUUGGUGGCCACUCAUUCACUGCACGUGUACAGAGCUAUUAGCAAACAUGACCUAGUGUGGAAAAGCAGCAUAUCCACAUAUUCUACAUCUUUUGAAGGACAAAUUAGCUCAUACUAUUUUGCAAAUAUUGCGUACUACUUAAUAAUAAGAUUAUCAUCCUUACAAAAUCCUGCAAUGAUGCUAACCCUGCAUUUAACCAGCUGCUUUGUAAGUCAGGGUAUUUGGGAGUGUAUUGUGUGCUGUGGUUUUGUUGCAAAUUAUCAUCCAGCUACCCCACCUGCAGAACUGGAGGUUAGGACAAUUGCCCCAGUCUGGUCAGACUGACUGCCAUGGGGAAUCUGCACAUAAAUUAUGUUGUGCUCAGAUGUGUAUAAUGAUUUGGGGGUUAGUGUUAUAUGCGCGUAUAUGUCAUUUUGCACUGUGGUCACAGUGUCCUGCCACUGUUUUUUGAACCUUUUGUAAUGUGUUUUGAUGAAUGAGUGAUUACAAGGAGGUACGUGAAGAUCACUGUGACACAUGAGUUUACCCAAUAAAGAUGAAGCUCUGCACUGGAACGAAACAGAAAGUGCACUGUGGUCUCCUACGUCAAGAGGUGGCUGCAGCAGACAGCGGCUGCAUAACCCAUUGUAGACUUGAUGCAUGAAAUUUAGCUUCAGUGAUAAGAAAAAUAAAAUCUUACAACCAGA